UUUGACAGUCUUUUUGUGCGCGCGUGUUACACGACGGAGUAGAUCAACAGCUGAUCGUUUAUUUUGGGACAAGGCACGCAACGGAUCUGGCAAAAUAAUAAAACGCAGUUACCAAAUUAUCACCGUAUUUUAUUAUCGACCGACAUUUUUUAUCGCAAAGAAGAGGGAAAAAAAUUUCCACUAUAAGAACUGCAAAAGGAUUGAAAAGAGUGAACUUUGCGAUUGUUGCUCGAAUCCGCAGAGAGAUACAAAGAAAAAUACACAGAAUAAUAAUCGUGCGGAGGAGCACGUCGCCCCAGAGACAUGUCAGCGUUAUCGGAGAGUGUUACGAUCAAGCAGCCUAUUAGACGUCUGGAGAUCCAGAUCAAUAAUUUUAACGUUGCCAUUCCGCAUCAUGUGAAUUUGUUAAAGCGACACAAGAACAAUAUCAAAAAGUAUCAGAAUCAACAGGAUUGGGAACAGGUACGAAGGGAGCAUGUGAAUGUAUCUCGGAUCGUCAAGCAACUGAAGGAGUUGUUGUACCAGAUGGACACUCUUAGAGCACAGGUCCUCGAUGUUGACAUCGGUAAAUUUGACAAAUUGACAACGAAUGCACGAUCGAGUAUCAUGAGCGCGAUCGAGGAGUAUUUAGAGAUGGAAUUGAAUUUUUCGACAUCACCACCUACGACAUCACCUUCGCCUGUAAGUGAGUCAGAAGAGCUUCCGCAUCCGCUUCAUGACAGUGGUAUCCAAUUGCAAGCAGAGCAAGAAGAUUUGCAACGCCAGCAGACAUGUAUGCAAGUCUGGAAUCGACUGCAAGGGGAAAUACAACAGUUGCACGAGCUCUUCGUUGAAUUUAAUAAAGUUGUACAUGAUCAGAAAGAAAUGGUGGAUAAUAUGGAAGACAACAUUGAGGAGACUCAAAUCAACGUGAACGAAGGUGCAAAAUACCUGCAGAAGGCUUCCAGAUAUAAAGUCGCUGCGUAUCCCCUAGCAGGCGCUAUGCUGGGCACAUGUAUUGGAGGACCAAUAGGUUUGUUAGCUGGAUUGAAAAUUGGUGGUCUUGCUGCUGUGGGUUGUGGUAUUUUAGGUUUCACAGGAGGAUCAUUAUUGAAAAAGAAACAAGUAGAAUCGCGAAAACAAGAACCGUGUUUAGAUAAAUCGACAAUAGAUCUCAAAAGUGUUAAGAAAUCUGCCUCUUGUCCUGACGAUUUAAAACAAGACAAAAAACAUUUGUGACAAACGAUGACUUCGUCGACAGGCGACAUUAAUUUUAAGCGUAAAAAGAAGUGCACUGUUAUAUAAUUGUAAAUUGCUAAGAUAUUUGUACAUUUUCCUAUUUUUUGUGGACAUGUUUUUUAUUUGUAUA